AAACAGACGCUUUCCAGACGGCACCAAAAACAAUGUGAAAGUGAUCUUAGCAAUCAGAAAGACAGCAGACAGCAGCUCAUCUGUAUUACUAGUCCUAAUUUUUCUUACUUAGAAACAGAAAAGAUCAACAAUGAACGUUACCGAGUUUGCAACCCCUUUGACUGGGCUGUCUUCAGAAUAUCAGGAUUAUGAAGAUUCUUCCACAACUAUGGGCGAUUAUGAUGGUGGGGAAAUAUGUGACAGAGCAGCAGUACGAGAGUUUCGAAGGUACUAUGAGCCAGCUCUCUAUUGGAUAAUUGUGAUUCUGGGAGCCAUUGGCAACACUCUGGUGGUCUGGAUAUACACACACUUCAAAAACCGUCUGAAGGCGAUGACAGACGUUUAUCUACUCAACCUGGCUGUGGCCGAUUUGUUCUUCCUCUGCACUCUGCCAUUCUGGGCAGCCGACUCAAUCUAUGGAUGGACCUUUGACUCGGGCCUCUGCAAAAUUGUCUCUGCCGUUUACAAAAUCAACUUCUUCAGCAGCAUGUUUCUACUCACCUGCAUCAGCGUCGACCGCUACAUAGUGAUUGUCGAGACAACCAAAGCGCAGAACUCCAAGAGGGAUCGUCUCCUGUACAGCAAACUCAUCUGUGUGUUAGUCUGGCUCCUGGCAGCCGUGAUGUCCAUCCCAGAGUUUCUCUUUGCUCGUUCGAAAGAGGACGAUCAGGGCAAUCACUUCUGUAUGAUGGUCUACUGGAACAAUAAAAACAAUCAUACAAAAAUACUGGUCCUGGCUCUCCAGAUCUGCAUGGGCUUCUGCAUCCCUCUCAUAGUGAUGAUCUUCUGCUAUACCAACAUCAUCCGCACCUUGCUGAAGACGAGGAGCUUCGAGAAGCACAAGGCCCUGAGGGUCAUCCUGGCAGUUGUGGCCGUGUUUGUUGUCUCUCAGUUUCCGUACAACGGGAUGUUGGUCUUCGAAGCCACUCAGGCAGCCAAUACAACCAUCACAAACUGCAAAGAGGUCCAGCGCUUUGACAUUGCUGGCCAAGUUAUGAAAAGCCUUGCUUACAUGCAUAGCUGCCUAAAUCCGUUCCUAUAUGCCUUCGUCGGAGUGCGUUUCCGAAAAGAUGUCUUUCGACUUUUCCAAAACCUUGGCUGUAUUCCAACCCUCAAGAGCUCCAAGUUGCUGCAGGGAAGCUCUCAUCGCCCCUCUGUUAUGUCGGACACAGAAACCACUAAUGCACUCUCAUUGUGAUUGGUGUCAGAACACUGUCAGUGAGGCAUGCUUAGAAAAGGCUUCUGUUUUUAUGCAGGUGCUUAGCAUCUGGGUUUCAAAGCAGAAGUUUGAGGUUCCAUAGGAGGACUUUGCAUGCUUGGAAACAUGCUGUCUGGCGGAGGGUGAAGUAACCUGCUCACCACAA